AUGGCUGAGGAGAAGAAGCUGAAGCUGAGCAACACCGUGCUGCCCUCGGAGUCCAUGAAGGUGGUGGCCGAGUCCAUGGGCAUCGCUCAGAUUCAGGAGGAGACCUGCCAGCUGCUGACGGACGAGGUCAGCUACCGCAUCAAGGAGAUCGCGCAGGAUGCCUUGAAGUUCAUGCACAUGGGGAAGCGGCAGAAACUAACCACCAGUGACAUUGACUACGCUCUGAAGCUAAAGAACGUCGAGCCACUGUAUGGCUUCCACGCUCAGGAAUUCAUUCCUUUCCGUUUUGCCUCUGGUGGCGGCCGGGAGCUUUACUUCUACGAGGAGAAGGAGGUUGACCUGAGCGACAUCAUCAAUACCCCUCUGCCCCGGGUGCCCCUGGACGUCUGCCUCAAAGCUCACUGGUUGAGCAUCGAAGGCUGCCAGCCGGCGAUUCCAGAGAACCCACCCCCAGCUCCCAAGGAGCAGCAGAAGGCUGAGGCCACAGAACCCCUGAAGUCAGCCAAGCCAGGUCAGGAGGAAGACGGCCCCUUGAAAGGCAAAGGUCAGGGGGCAGCUCCAGCUGACGGCAAAGGGAAAGAGAAGAAGGCGCCACCCCUGCUGGAGGGGGCGCCUCUGCGACUGAAGCCCCGAAGCAUCCACGAGCUGUCAGUGGAGCAGCAGCUGUACUACAAGGAGAUCACUGAGGCCUGCGUGGGCUCCUGCGAGGCCAAGAGAGCGGAGGCUCUGCAGAGCAUCGCCACGGACCCGGGUCUCUACCAAAUGCUGCCACGCUUCAGCACGUUCAUCUCCGAGGGGGUGCGAGUGAACGUGGUGCAGAACAACCUGGCCCUGCUCAUCUACCUGAUGCGCAUGGUGAAGGCACUGAUGGACAACCCUACUCUGUACCUAGAGAAAUACGUGCACGAGCUGAUUCCGGCUGUGAUGACCUGCAUCGUCAGCAGGCAGCUGUGCCUACGGCCAGACGUGGACAAUCACUGGGCGCUCCGGGACUUCGCUGCCCGCCUGGUGGCCCAGAUCUGCAAGCACUUCAGCACAACCACAAACAACAUCCAGUCCCGCAUCACCAAGACCUUCACCAAGAGUUGGGUGGACGAGAAGACCCCGUGGACAACGCGCUACGGCUCCAUCGCAGGCCUGGCAGAGCUGGGACACGAUGUGAUUAAGACACUGAUUCUGCCUCGGCUGCAGCAGGAGGGGGAGCGGAUCCGAGGGGUUCUGGAUGGCCCAGUGCUGAGCAACAUUGACCGCAUCGGGGCUGACCAUGUGCAGAGCCUCCUCCUGAAACACUGUGCCCCUGUCCUGGCAAAGCUGCGCCCGCCACCCGACAAUCAGGACGCCUACCGGGCAGAAUUUGGGUCCCUGGGGCCCCUCCUCUGCUCCCACGUGGUCAAGGCCCGGGCUCAGGCCGCCCUGCAGGCUCAGCAGGUCAACAGGACCACCCUGACCAUCACUCAGCCCCGGCCCACGCUGACCCUCUCACAGGCCCCCCAGCCUGGCCCCCGGACCCCCGGCUUGCUGAAGGUCCCCGGCUCCAUCGCAUUGCCCGUCCAGACGCUGGUGUCUGCGCGAGCUGCCGCCCCGCCACAGCCAUCCCCGCCACCAACCAAGUUCAUCGUCAUGUCCUCGUCCUCCACCGCCUCAUCCACCCAGCAGGUCCUGUCCCUCAGCACCUCGGCCCCGGGCUCCGGCUCCACCACGACCUCUCCCGUCACCACCACCGUCCCCAGCGUGCAGCCCAUCGUCAAGCUGGUCUCCACCGCCACCACCACGCCCCCUAGCACCGCCCCCUCGGGUCCGGGCAGCGUCCAGAAAUACAUCGUGGUCUCUCUGCCACCCACUGGGGAGGGCAAAGGAGGCCCCACAUCCCAUCCUUCUCCUGCCCCUACCCCAUCCUCAGCCCCCUCCCCGCUUGGGGGCAGUGCCCUCUGUGGGGGGAAACCGGAAGCUGGGGAGAGCCCCCCUCCUGCUCCAGGGACUCCAAAGGCUAAUGGCUCGCAGCCCCCCGGGGCUGGCUCCCCUCCGCCCGCACCCUGAUGCUGACCCUCUCCCUGGAUUCUCCCUCUCUCUCCCACACACACAGACACACACAUACUGGGUGGAAGGGGGUAGUAGCCAGCUUCCCCCAUGUGACUUUCUCUUUAGAUAUUGUACAGCCAGUUGCUCAGAAUAAAAGUUUGAUUUUUAA